GGAGGCGGCACCGGCUUGGCCCCGAGGCCCGCCGCGCCCUAUCGCGCCAAAGCCGAGUGGCCCCGUGGAGCCCGCGCGCUCCCGCCUGCUGGGGGAGGGCGGACAGGGCGCGGGGAGCAGACAGGCCGCGGCAGGCGCUGUUUCUCUUUCGCUUUCCCGGGCUCGGAGGCGGGCGCGCCGGCGGACUGAGGAGCGGCGGCGGCCGCUGGGUAUGAAAAAGCAGGGCUGUCAGAGGGAGUGAUGACAGUGGUCUGUGCUCAGGCGGGACGUUCAUGCUCAUGCGUCAGGACAUCUACCAAGAACACUGCACAAGCCACUGGGACCAGCUUUGCAUCCACUUAGUGCCCCUGUUUGCCUGAACUGCCAAAGCCAGCUAACCACGAAUGGCUACCCAAAGGAAACACUUGGUGAAAGACUUCAACCCCUACAUCACCUGCUAUAUUUGUAAAGGGUACCUGAUCAAGCCAACAACAGUGACAGAAUGCCUCCAUACAUUCUGUAAGACCUGUAUUGUCCAGCACUUUGAAGACAGCAAUGAUUGUCCAAGGUGUGGCAACCAAGUUCAUGAAACAAAUCCAUUAGAAAUGUUGAGGCUGGAUAAUACACUGGAGGAGAUUAUAUUUAAGCUGGUACCUGGACUACGAGAACAAGAACUUCAGCGUGAAUUGGAAUUUUGGAAGAAAAAUAAACCUCAAGAAAAUGGACAAGAUGACAUUUCAAAGGUUGACAAAUCUAAAGCAGAUGAAGAAGGUGAUGAAAACCAAGAUGAUAAGGACUACCAUAGAAGUGACCCACAAAUUGCUAUCUGUCUAGAUUGUUUACGAAAUAAUGGUCAGUCGGGGGACAAUGUAGUAAAGGGUCUCAUGAAGAAAUUCAUUCGGUGUUCUACACGAGUUACUGUAGGAACUAUUAAAAAGUUUCUAAGUUUAAAACUAAAACUUCCAAGUUCUUAUGAGUUGGAUGUGCUGUGCAAUGGUGAAAUUAUGGGGAAGGAUCAUACUAUGGAAUUCAUCUAUAUGACCAGAUGGCGACUAAGAGGAGAAAAUUUUUGCUGUCUGAACUGCUCAGCCUCGCAAGUCUGCUGUCAGGAUGGCACUUUGUAUCAGUCAUACCCCAUGGUGUUGCAGUAUCGACCAAGAAUUGAUUUUGGAUAGGCCAAGGGGCCCAGACUGCACUGAACGAAUCCUGCACUAUUUGUUUACUCGUCGGCAGAUUGCACGGUGUGGACUUGAGAGACACAGUCUGAUUUUCAGCAUGCACAUAAGGCCAUUGUCUGUCUCUAAAUUGUCAGUUUUCUUCAUGUUGUUUCUAUUAGGAGCAAUCCAAGUGCCCUUCUGCUACUGACCAUCUCCAUAAGAUACUCGUUUCGUCUCCCAGUGUGCAGAGCACGGCUAAAAUCAUUUAGGUGUGCAGCCGUGACUCUGCUUUCUCGAUAUUUUGCUUGCCUGUUGCAAGAUUGUUAUAAUGUUAAUUACACUAGUAAAAUGGCUCAAUCCUUGUGGUGUUGCAGUUUUCACAUACUUAAUACUUUUAUUCUUGUUGAAAUAGAGUACUGUACAAGAACCUAGUAUAAUUAUAUCUUGAAAUUAUUUUGUAUAAGAGUAUAUUUAGAAAAGUGGUUUCUGAGCCACUGUCCUAUUCUUGGUAAACUUUUAUGUAAAAAAGAAUAAACAGCCAAAAAAAAAACCAAAAAACCAAUAUGCCAGCUCAUUCUUGAGUGUGCAAGUCCUUUUGUGAAGAAUUCCAGUUAUCUUUUGACCAGAGCACAUUACAAUUGGAGAUAUCCUGAACGUCUGGGUAGUCUCUACCAUUGCACAGGAAGGCAUGUUAGCCCUUCACAUUGAAAAAAUAUAUGACUUGAACAACUGAAGUUCAUAAUGUUGGCAGCUGAUCACACCAACUUCUAAUAAAAUUAAUGUGGGAGUAUGUUACCGUUAGUUACUGUCUUAGGGCAAGUGGGUGCUGCUUCACAAAUCUCCAUUGUCUAGCCCAUGUUGUAUGUGCAUCAUGGCACUGUUAAUGCCAUUUUAUGAAAGCACUGUUUCUUUUAGGUUGGCCUUAGCAAUAUGUUGUGGCAUGUAGAGGAUUAGGUAUGAUGGUUUUAAAUAGUAAGAUUUUAGAUAAUAUUUGCUCAUUCAUGGACUUCCAAAAUCUCAAGUCAUUGAUCCAGAUUGUUAGUUGCAUAUCACAUUUCCAAACCAUACGCACAAAACAAAAGAAAUGCCAUGUAGUAGUUAAAUGUUCUAACCAAAAUUAGUGGUUUGGGGAUAUUUUAUUUUAGAUACUGUGGUAAACAGGGAAGUGUGAUUAUUGUUUUAACUGGGAGUUCUUUAAAGGUGAGUGUAUCAGAAGAGAGAUGUCCUUCAUGUUAACAGUUUGGUUAAGUCUUCCGUUCAUUUUGAAAUUAGCCUGUAAAUCAGGGUCCUCUGUUAGCUUAUUACAUGAAAAACAUCUUGGGUCUUGUAAAAUAGAUAGCUCAAAAAUAAAACUGUGGAUUACAUCUAUUGGUUGCUUUGAAACAAACAAGUUAACUUCUGAGAGGUGGGGGAAAUUAGGAAAAAUGACUUGUUUUAGAAAUCUGGUAAGAAUACCAAGUGUGUUUCACACAUGGUUUUUAGACUGUGAACACAGGUAUUCUACGUUUUCCAGUAGAAUGCUUCACGGACUAAUGCUUCCUGAAGUCCAGAGAGCUUAUAGCGAUAAAAAUUUAUACAGCUCUAAGAAAUAGACCAAGUGCAGCUCAGUCCCAGUGUAAUUCAUCAUAUAAACAGCUGAAAGUUUGUGAGUAGUUUUCAAGUAAAAAGUGUGUUAAACUUUGCUGUAUUAGAAGGCCACAGCAAUUCUUUAACUUACCUUAUUUGAUUGGCUGUUCCUGGAAGAACUCAUGAGCAGGAUUUAUAAGGCUGUUGAUUUACUUAGAAGUUUAGCAUUAUACUUGACCAAAAACUAAGUUUACUAACUACAGAUAUUAUUUUGAUGUUUUGUAAAACCUAGUUACUAGUUAUCCCUAAGAAAAAUUUAAAGAUACUACGAUUUGUCACAUUUAGAUAAGUGUAUUUUAAAUAUGAAGGUUAAUUUUAAUUAAAAAGUCAAAAAUCAAUUCCAAAAGCCACACACUAAGACUUGGCUAUUGGGCUUCCCAACCAAGACUAGGAGCCAUAGGUGAAUUUUAUGUACAAGGUCUCUUUAAAUUUUGCUUAUUGCCUGAUCAUAUGUUACGACUGUUUUCUGAGGGAUACAUAGGAAAUGGUUUUGAAACAAAGCAGUUUUAUAAAAAGUCCUUUAUUUACUGUUAUGCAUUAACAUUUUCACUGACAUGCAAUAUACUAUGUGCCAAAACAUACCAUUAAGAAUGGCUGAUGUCCUUUGGGAACAUGAGUAAUGGGUUGCUAGUGGAAUCAGGCUUUUUCAGCCAGCCUCCUCUGUUAUAUCAGCCAGGUGUGGACCACUUUCUUGUCUGAUGUGUGAUGUGUACCAAAUUCCCACUUAGUUGCCCUUGUAAGGAACCGAUUGUAGGAAACAUGAGUAGGCACUGUUCGUGGCCAGCUUUACAUGAACAGGGUUGCUUAACAAAGCCCUCUGUUUAAAUAAUCUUCAGGAAUAACUCUCUGAGUUCAUACAGUCAAGAACAAAUGAACGUUAUUCUUCAACCUGUUGCUCCUUAAGCAAUAAACUAAGGAACUUUACUCCAGAAAAGAUUUUGUUACCUGUUUUACCUGCCUUAGAAAUCAGACAUAAAGGGGCAAGGAAUCUUGAAAAAUAAAGAAUGCCUGUGGUCUGUAAGAAUCACUUUAAAUUGCAGUGAUCACAUCAGUUAAUAGAGAUGAAAGUGUCCUUUUCUCAAGCUUAAAAAAUAAACUAAAAGACUCAUUUGGGAGAUUAUAUUAAGUCUGAGGUUUGGGUGACUAGGAUAAUGUUCUUUGACAACUUUUAAAUACUCUUUACUUGCUAAGCUUCUGCCUCAUACUCAUCUGUCACAUUGUACAUAGUGACCACUAAUAUUCGUUUGAAUGAAUCCUUAAGAAAACCAGUGUGUUAUAUAAUAUCGUGAACUGUUAAGCUUUACUAUUUAAAAGAAAGUGCCUCAUUGCUAAAGUGCAUUUCUGUUUUAGGUUUCCUGAGUAAGUCUCCAGUUAUCUGUACCUGUCUUAUAAGUGGUUUCAUUUCUAAAUGGGCAGUUAAUAAACUACAGUAGUCUUUUAAAGGAGUUGUAAGAAUAGAGGUAUCACCAAAGACAAUAUAUUGUUAAUAACCAUGUUAGAGACAGUUUGGGCAGUUCAGAAGGUGGAGACUGUUAGAUUAUGGUGUGACUAUAAAUUGGUUGCAACCUUUAUUGCUUAUUAAAACAUUGCCAGUGAAGUCACUGCAGUGAGAUUUGUUGGUGGGAUGAGUCGGAUGUCUUUUUUGCUACAGUCAGCGUAUUUCCCUUCAAAUAUGUUCACUUUUUUUUUCAGCACCAUCUGGUAGAGCUUAGAAAAUCCUCAAGUAUGAGAAAGAAGUAAAAACAAAUAUCCUACCCGUAAAAAAAAUUGGAGAAAUACAAACUUCUUUUUAAAAGAAAAUCAAGAUUUUACAUUUUAAGAAACUUUUUAUUUCGUGGAGAUGGUAUGAAGGAAGGUGUGCCUGUUAGCUCCUGGGUUCUUAGUAAAAGUAAAAGUAGAAAAAGUUUCAUUGAAGAUGGGCUUCAGUAAAAGUGCUGGCAGGCCUGCCUGUGUAUGACACAGCACAUUCUACUGGAUUUACAGAAAUGCUUUUGCUAUUUUUAAAAGCAAAAUUCCAUAAAGACCUGUGAUUGUUUUUUUCUUUAAAAGUGACUCUGUUUCUCAGUAGCCACUUUAUUGUUGUUCAGCUUAACCAUGUGGCCAAAUUUUGACAAAAUAGGGCACUGAAAAAUGUCCUGCUGCACCACUGUUUCCCUGUACCACCUCCUGGGUAAAAUCAGCCUGAAGUAAACCAUCCGCAGAGCGGAUGAAAUGGCCCAUAGUCCUGUGUAGUUUACAAGCACUGUGCAACUGAGCCGGAUCCCUCAUCCAUUCCUCUGAUUGGAUAAGGAAUUGUCUAGAAAUCUAUGCUUUAUAUCAAAAUAUCGGUAUGAAUUUGCCAAAACUCUUUUUUUGGAUUAGAAUCAUAAAAACUUGAAAUGCUGUUAGCAUUGUUUUUAGCAUGUAAUUCCUGAAUGUAUGUAAUCAGUACGGGACAUAGCAUGUCUGCCUGAUCUGCUUCAUGAGAAGUUGGACAGUGUCAGAUUCACUAAAGACUUAGAAGCCUUUGGAAUCACCACUUGUUUGGAUUUACUUGAUAGACUUUGUUCAGUGUGUUUUGAUCAAAAACAUGAGAUUAAAAUAAAAGACAUCAGAUGUCCUUUGUAGGGGCUUUCAUUGUGUUAAGCUGUAGUAUUUCUCUGGUCAUUUGAAUGUGCUUCUCUUCCUGGAAUAUGAUUUUCACAAAUAGUUUGCACCAUCAUAUUUUCUAAUAGAAUUAAAAUGUUUGGACCUUCAGAAAAUGGUAAGAAUUAAACUUUUCAAAAUAAUGGCUUUAAAUUCUCCUGCCGAUGUGUCUGUCCUCAGGCCACUUUCCCAUGAUUCAAAAUGGAGGCUUUCCAGAAAUGUGUUUUCAUCUUAAUUGUCUUUGAGUCUAGAAUCAGAUGUAACAGAUAUGUUAAAUAUGAGGCCUAGUUUUCUUCGGUCUUGUAGCACAAAUGAAGACUAACAUUCUGGGGGCAUCUCUUCUACACAGUCUAGUGUAUUGACAGGGUACCAGAAGUGACUCUUUCUACACAUGUGCAUGUUUGGAGGUCACCCUGGCACUGUUGACAGCCAGUUUUCUUUUGCAGUCGUUUUCAGAAUGAGCGUGGGGGCCUAAGUGUCCUUAUGAAGCUGUGGUCCAGGACAAGAGCGUCGGGGGGGAGGGGUAUGUGUUCCUUCACUUGGCUGUGUCUGGUAACUGAACAGCGAUCAUUUUUUAGACUAGCCCUCACAGUAAAUCUAGCACAGAAUAUAUUGUAAAGUUAUGUUGCUAAUUUUAUUUUGAAAUAGGAAAUAUUUUAAGCUUUUUGUCAAAAGUGGUAACAUCUUAAUACAAAUAAAAACCUUUUUGUGGUUGUAAGAUUUAGCUUAUGAAUCAUUCAAAUUGAAGUGAAAGAAUUACCAGGUCAUUGUUAAUGACGUAAUCUAUUAAGAAUCUAUGUAUUUUUGUAAAGGAAAAAGCACUUGUAGAUAUUUAAUCAGUACAAGGUCUAUGUCUGUUUUGCAGAAAGAAAUGCUGCUUAGAGAUUGUCUUUAAAUAUUUUUUAUUUUUGUGCUCAUGUAUUUUCUGUUGAUCUAUGGAAUGUUCUGUACAAAACUGUAUGACUGUACUGUUGAGCUGGAUAAUAUGUUUCCUUUUUAAUUCGGGGCUUAGCCAUGUAUAUUUGACCAUGUUGAAAAUAGUAUCUUUGUUAUUAAAUUUUUGAUUGCA